AUGUCGAACAAAUCGAUGUCAGCUCCGGACAAUAAGGAUAUACUACAAGCCAUUCUCGCGGAGCUUCAGGCCCUCAAGAAAGGACAAGCGGAACUCCGGACGGAGCAGAACGUUGUUGGAGCUACUAUCGAAGCUAUCAAUGGACGUGUCAAUGCUCUGGCUGGCGUCAAGCAGUCUCGCGAUGGCAUCGCGCACGACAUUUCAUUACCAAGCCCGAUCAUAAAUCCCAGCGGCGCCCAGACGCCUUCGCAAAACCAGUCGAAUGCUCAUAGCGCCAGCAAUGGGGAUGGCCAAUCUACAUCGCCCAAUGGCGGUGGCGAGCUGCCCUCAGCACCACCUCGAAGAGGUAGCACCUUCUCGAAAAUCAUUUUGACCUCGUAUCCAGGCCAGGCCGGAGUAGACCCGCUGCCGAUGGAAUGGGGUGCACAAGAUCCGCAGAAGCGUGGACCAGUUGUUGUCUCUCGUCACCCCGAUACCAUCCGUCGCCGUAACGCCAUCGGUGCCCAUGGCGGCUCGUACAGUAUCUACUUUGCUCUUGCACUGGCGUCUAAGCAGCUGGAGACAGAUCACAAGCCUGACUUCACAAACACCGAGCCCGCUGCCGCACUUGGACCACAUCCUACCUGGUAUGAUCCCAAGAAAAUCGUGGCAAUGGAUCCAUGGGGUCAUCUAGCACCAUGGUUGUUCAAGGAUGUCAUUCGAAGUGAGAACGUCGACAUCCGACCCACCAUUGCCAUUACGAAGGCGCACAUGAAACUUCCAGAGCUCGAGGACAGUGUUCGAAAAGGGCGACUUGUGCCUGACGGAAAGAUCUGUUUGAACGAGAGCGGAGAACUCGCCGUGACAAAGGUAGCUGUUGAGCCGGUGUGGUACCUUCCAGGCGUGGCCGAGCGCUUUGGUAUCGAUGAGGGCACCUUGAGACGCUCGCUUUUCGAGCACACAGGUGGCAGCUACCCCGAGCUGAUCACUCGAGGCGAUGUGAAGCUGUUCAUGCCGCCGAUUGGUGGUCUGACGGUCUAUAUCUUCGGCGACCCAGCAAAGAUGAGUGAUGCGAGCGCUCGACUGGCGCUGCGAGUACACGAUGAGUGCAAUGGUUCCGACGUGUUUGGCUCUGAUAUUUGCACCUGUCGGCCAUAUCUCAUCUUCGGUAUCGAGGAGGCCGUCAAGGAAGCCCAGAAAGGCGGGAGCGGAGUAGUCAUCUAUUUCCGCAAGGAAGGACGAGCACUCGGCGAAGUCACCAAAUACCUGGUCUACAACGCGCGCAAACGAGGCUCUGACCGCGCGAGUGAGUACUUCAAGCGGACUGAGAACAUUGCGGGAGUCAAGGACAUGCGAUUUCAAGCGCUCAUGCCGGACAUUCUGCACUGGCUCGGCAUCACCAAGAUCGACCGCAUGCUAAGCAUGUCAAACAUGAAGCAUGAUGCUAUAGUCGAGCAAGGAAUCCCGAUCCACGAGAGAGUGCCCAUUCCCGAUGAGAUGAUUCCUGAAGACAGUCGAGUGGAAAUCGACGCGAAGAUUCAUGCGGGUUACUUUACGACGGGCAAGAUCAUGACACUGGCAGAGCUGGACUCCGUGAAGGGUCGUGCGUGGGAGGAUGUCGACAGGGGACUAAAAACACGAAAGCAACAUCCUGUGUUGCCUGUUGCCGACGAAUGCGGUCACGGCAUAUACACCUAA